CACACGCGUGCUUGCCUCGGCUGCUGUCGACCCACCGAUGCUCAAACUGACAUCAGCGGACCGGAAUCGAACCUAGCGAUGGCUCCUCACCACUGGCCGCGGUUCUGACCCGUUACCGGGGGGGGGAAGGGGACCCGGAAGGAACAUGGCCGGCUGCGACACACUUUACGCGGGUUGGGAGAAGCCCUGGCGAGCCGCGUUGCCGAGCGGCUGAAUUCCACACAAUAAGAGACUACUACUUCAUCAUCAUCAUCAUCAUCAUCCUCAUCCUUUCUGACCUGUUUGCAUUGGAACCCCCCAACCCCUCCCAACCCCCCCAUGAGAGAUGAUCACGGAGCUGCUGUGCACCGCCGUGGCCGUGGGUGUGUACGUGAACACGCUGGACGCCGACUUCUGCUACGAUGACAGCCGAGCCAUCAAGACCAACCAGGACCUCCUCCCGGAGACCCCGUGGACCAACAUCCUGUACGACGACUUCUGGGGGACCCUGCUCACCCACAGCGGCAGCCACAAGUCCUUCCGCCCGCUCUGCACCCUCUCCUUCCGCCUCAACUACGCCCUGCACGGCCUGCACCCCCGAGGCUACCACCUCCUCAACGUCGCGCUGCACGGCCUGGUCACGGCCGCCUUCACCGCCUACAGUCGCCCCCUGCUGGGCGGAGGACCGUGGAGUCUGCUGGCCGGUCUCCUGUUCGCGACUCACCCGGUGCACACCGAGGCGGUGGCCGGCGUGGUGGGGAGGGCGGACGUGGGGGCCGCCUUGUUUUUCUUGCUGUCUCUAGUCUGCUACGCAAGGCACUGCGGGCUGCGGGCGACGCUCCAGACCCGACUGGGCUGCUGGGCGUGGAUGCUGGGCAGCCUGUGGGGGGCGGCCGCCAGCAUGCUGUGGAAGGAGCAAGGGCUGACGGUGCUGGCUGUGUCCGCCGUCUACGACCUCUUCGUCUUCCACAGGCUCACAUUCCGGCAGGCGCUGCUGCUCCCGCUCGGAAAGAAGAAGAACCCAAAGCUUCUCCUGAGCCUGAGCGUUCUGGCAAGCUGGGGCGCCAUCCUGCUGUCAUGUCGUAUCUACUGGAUGGGCAACAAGCCUCCCAACUUCUCCAACUCGGACAACCCCGCCGCCGACUCCCUGCAUCUUCUCACUCGGACGCUGACCUUCCUGCACCUGCCUGCCGCCAACGCCUGGCUGCUCCUCUGUCCCGAUAAGCUCAGUUUCGAUUGGUCCAUGGACGCGGUGCCCCUGGUGACGUCCUUGGCCGACUGGAGGAACCUUCACACGCUCGGCUUCUACGGCGCGUUGGGGCUCCUGGCUUGGUUCGGCUUUCACGGCCCCACCUCCAAAGGAAAGAAGAACGGGGAAUGUGUCACCAACGGGAACGGCUACCACGCCCUGGACACCAACCAUAACACCCACCUGUGUCCUCCAAAGGCCACCCUCAACGGCUCAGGGGGUCUUCACGUCGACUCUCCUCGGAUGUCUCUCCCCCCGACAGAAAACCUCGUUAUCUUCUCACUCGCCUUCCUGUCGCUGCCUUUCGUCCCGGCGUCCAACUUGUUCUUUUACGUGGGCUUUGUCAUCGCCGAGAGGGUUCUCUACAUCCCCAGUGUCGGCUUCUGUUUGCUGGUGGCCACCGGUGCGAGAACUUUGUACGUUAGACUCAGGAGAAGAGGCCUGAAGGCUCUGCUGCUGGCUCUGUGUUUGGGCCUGGUGCUGCUCAACGGGCUGAGAACCGUUCAGAGGAACAAGGACUGGAGCAACGAGGAGAAGCUCUACAAGUCCGGGAUCAGCGUCAACCCCGCCAAAGCCUGGGGCAACUUGGGCAACGUGCUGAAGAGCCAAGGCAAGAUGGCGGAGGCGGAGAGAGCCUACAGGAACGCCCUGCAUCACAGGAGCAACAUGGCCGACAUGCUGUAUAACCUGGGUUUGCUGCUGCAGGAGAAGGAGAGCUUCUCGGAGGCCCUCCACUAUUACAAAAAGGCCAUCGGCAGUCGGCCCACGCUGGCAUCGGCCUACCUGAACACGGGCAUCAUCCUGAUGAACCGGGGGAGCCUGGAGGAGGCCAAGCGGACCUUCGUGACCUGCGCCAACAUUCCCGACGAGAACCUGAAGGACCCCCACACCCACAAGAGCUCGGUCACCAGCUGCCUGUACAACCUGGGGAAGAUGCUCCACGAGCAGGGCCAGCAGGAGGAGGCCAUUUCUGUUUACAAGCGGGCGGUGCAGAGGAUGCCCAGACACUUUGCCCCACACAGCCUCUUCAACAUGAUGGGAGAAGCCUACAUGAGGCUCAACAAGCUGGAGGAGGCGCGCCACUGGUACAAGGAGUCCCUGAGGGCCAAACCGGACCACAUCCCGGCCCACCUGACUUACGGCAAACUGCUGUCCAUCAUGGGUGAAAAGACGGAGGCAGAAAAGUACUACCUGAGGGCCAUCGAGCUGGACCCCAUGAGGGGGAACUGCUACAUGCACUACGGGCAGUUCCUCCUGGAGCACUCGCGACUCCCCGAGGCGGCGGAGAUGGCGGACAGAGCGGCCAAGUUGGAGAGCUCGGAGUUUGACGUCGUUUUCAGCGCGGCACACAUGCUAAGGCAGGCCAGCUUGAACCAGGCGGCGGAGAGGCAGUACAAGCGGGCGGCCGCCCUCAGACCGGACUACCCAGCUGCCCUCAUGAACCUCGGCGCCAUCCUGCACUUGAACGGAAGACUGUCGGAAGCCGAGGCCAACUACCUGAGAGCCCUGCAACUCAAACCCGACGACGCCAUCACCCGCUCCAACCUACGGAAGCUGUGGAACAUCAUGGAGAGGCAAGGCCUGGCCACCAGGAAGACGGAAGAACUUCCAUAACAAGCUUUCCGGCGUCGCCGCUUUCAUGAAGUGGUGAACUCCACCUCAAUGAGGUGUUGAAGUGAAGAAUGGAGUGAUGGCUGGUUGGCUGCAGUGAGGAACACGUCACAUGACCACAACACGAAGUGGACACAACAAACACAAAGUGGUGCCAAAGCUUGUACGCCGUGUGUGCCCGCUAAGAACUCAAAUCAUACAGCGCCUUGCAGAAGUAAUCACCACCCCCGCCCCCAGCUUCAUGGCCGCAUUCCAAAAUGGAUUCCAGUCAUUUCCUUUCUCAAACUUGUCAAAGUGGAUCAAAUAUUUUUGAAAUCUUUGGUAAAAAAAAAACAAAAAAAACCCUGAAAUAUUAAAAAUGCAUGCGUUUUCACAGAA